GUCAUUCUCAGUCCACGAUGGUGCGGUCCCCAGUACUCCUUGGUGCCAUCUUCUUGUCUGUUUUCCCAGGGCCCAGCGGGGCUGAUCGUGACAUGCCCAAGCUGGCUGAGUGGAAGCUGUGUGCGGAUGAGGAAUGCAGCCAUCCUAUCUCCAUGGCUGUGGCCCUUCAGGACUACAUGGCCCCCGAUUGCCGCUUCUUGAAUGUAUACAGGGGCCAAGUGGUGUAUGUCUUCUCCAAGCUGAAGGGCCGUGGACGGCUCUUCUGGGGAGGCAGUGUCCAGGGAGAUUACUAUGGAGACACGGCUGCCCGCCUGGGCUAUUUCCCCAGUAGCAUUGUUCGGGAGGACCUGAUUCUGAAACCUGCCAAAAUUGAUAUGAAGACAGAUAGUGUGUACCCAGGCUGGCUUCAAAAUUACUAGCCUUCAGCUCCAGCCUCCUGAGGGCUGCUUCGUUUUCAGGCAUGUGCAACUAGGCCCUGUUCAAUGCCGAGUGAUUUCUAAUUGGGAAAUGCAGAGGUUACAGGGCUGGAAGAUAAUUUGUUCAUUUCUGUGAGGUCAAACCUGGUCCUUGCACCGGUUUCCUAUCUACUGUUUUUUCCCUGUUCUCUUUUUCAGAAAUGGGAUUUCUACUGCCAGUGAGCUCAGCCUACCGUUGUCCCUGCCGUUUACCUUCCCAGCUUUAUACAAAUAGAACAGCCAACUGCAAACUGUUUUGUCUCUUUGGUUUUUGAGGUUGGGUGGACAUGUGCAAAGAAAAUGUUUUUUUGGGUUUCCGAUCUAGCCAAUCAAUGACCUGAAUGAGGUUACGUCAGUGGUUGCUACGUAGAGUUUUACUGUUGUAAGCCCUUCGCUCCUAGCUGGGUAAGGUCUGGGGCCCUGAGCAAAGGAAUAAACUAAACAGUACAAUAUAUGUAUGCUUUCCUCCCUGGGGAAGGAGUUGAACUAUUGGUAACGAGCCAGUUGAAUAGAUCGCACAACAGACUUGUUUGUUUGAGACAGGGUCUCAUUGUGUAACCCUGGCCUGGAACUCACUAUGUAGAUCAGGCUGGCCCGGAACUCAUAGAUAGGCACCUGCCUCUGCCUCCCUAGUGGUGGGGUUGAAGGCGUGCGCCAACAUGCCCGACCAGCAGAGGUUUUCUUGCAAAUGGGGAGCAACGUGUGCGUGCCCUCUCAGCUUUCCUCCUUCCUGCCUGUGGGGUUAGAAAUCGCACCCAGCGGCUUGAGAUCCCCUCUUCCAACUCUGUCCAUCCUGCCCUUGCCACUUCUUGGCAUUCGUGUCCCCACCC